AAAAUGAAUAAUUGGUUCGUUUUACCGCAACUGAAUCAAACUUGUUGAUGUGAAGGAGUUCUCUUCAUAGAAACCUCAAAGGUCCAGACUUAGGCCCAUAAACUAAAGCUUUUGUUUCCAAAAUAACAAGAUAGGCCCAAACCAAUUUUUGUAGCCACUAGCCCGUGAUCUCUCAGCUGCUUUUCCAGUGAGCCACUGUGAUAUUCCCGGCCAGUGUUUCUUCAACUUCUCCGUCGGGUUUCGCAAGGCUGAGCUCCGCCUCACUUGUCUGCCUUUAUGGCCACCGGUAGCGAAUCCAGCGAUUUUCAACAGUCUGGGAGUGACGGAGAAAUCAUCGAAGCUGGUAAAAGUAAUAAUUUUGCAGAAAUCGUUGUGAUCCGUCACGGUGAAACGGAAUGGAAUGCUGACGGUAGACUCCAGGUUUCUUUUUGUCUCUCAGAAUUGGGAAUUAAUUGUUGCAUCAAGUAGAUGAUGAAAGACCUAGGAUUUUAAAUUCUUUGUUUCUGAUCAUAUACAGAACGCUAGAUAUAGAAUCAGUAAAUGGAUUAUUGAUCAAUGAUAAGGAAAUUAUUCUAAUGCAGGGGCAUAUGGAUGUUGAAUUAAACGAUGAAGGAAGAAAGCAAGCCAUUGCGGUGGCACAACGGAUGGCAAGUGAGCCCAAUAUAUCGGCCAUUUAUUCAUCCGACUUGAAGAGAGCAUUUGAGACAGCUCAAGAAAUAGCGAAAUUCUGCAGGGGGCUUGAGGUUGUCAAAGAUCCAGACCUUCGGGAAAGACACUUGGGGGACCUUCAAGGUCUGGUGCUGCAAGAAGCAGGAAAAAGCUGCCCUAAAGCUUAUAAAGCACUUCUAUCUAACAGGCGGGAUAAAGAAAUUCCUGGUGGUGGGGAAAGUCUCGAUCAGCUUUAUGAGCGCUGCACAUCCGCACUGCAGAGAAUUGCAAAUAACCACAUAGGGGAGCGAAUAGUUGUGGUUACUCACGGUGGAGUUAUCCGUUCACUUCAUCGGCGGGCUCGUCCACAUGGCCAGUCUGCUGGGAGGAUCACCAAUACAUCUGUCAAUGUGUUUCAAUUGUCCAAAGAAGAAAAGUGGACCAUUAAGAUAUGGAAUGAUGUGAGUCAUCUUAACCAGACUGGAUAUUUGAAGUCUGGUUUUGGUGGGGACAAAUCUUCGGGUUAGUUCUACCAUUUAGAUGUCAUACUCAGACAUUUAAAAACACAGAACUUUGCAGGGGACAUGCCCCUUUCACCUUAUGUAAUGUCUCUUAAACACUCAAAUCUGUUCAACUACCAUGAUUUAUUCUGAGACACUGAAAGUUUGGUGUUAACUUUAUUGUGGCAUAAACUAUGAUAUGCAUGGGUUUAGUGGCCAACAGUUUGUUUAGCC